AUGAAGGAGGAGAAAAAAAAGGUAAAUGGCGACGUCUUGGGGGGGGGGGGUUGGUAGUUGUGUGUGGGGGGUGUGGGUUGGGGUGGGGUGGGGGUGGUGUGAGGGGGGGUGUGUGUGUGUGGGUGGGGUGUUGGGUGUGGGUGGGGGUGGUUUUGUUGGGGGGUGUGGGGUUUGGGGUGUUCUGGGGGGCGUGGGUGUGGGAAAGGGGUGUUUGUGGUUUGUUUGGGGGGGGGUGUGUAUAGGUUAAACUUCAAAAGUUUGGUUUAAUAUCCUCGUUUUGUAAGUAUAUGAGCAGAAUUUGCUCUGAAUUGAGUCUGGAAGAUGAUUGGGUGGAAAGAGGACCACUGUGACAACCACGCUGAGAUCCUACGCCAGACAUCAGGAUAGAACAGCUGCCCGGAGCCAACCCACGACUCUCAGACACUACAGACAUUUACUGAGUUAAGCCUUAUGUUUUUGCGGUUUUGCUUAAAGUUGGGCCCCCGCCCACUCCGCCCUUGGACUGGCUAUUAUCACGGGGAUCAGGGUAUAAACAUUGUGGUGCAGGAGUGAUAUAGUGCGUGGUUUGCUCGGGGGGUGUGCCCGUGGGUUUUUUUUUCUGUUAAUGGUGAGUGGGGGUUUGGGGUGGUGGUAGGUGAGUAGCGUAAAACUGCAGAAUUUGACAUACGAAAGUAUAUGUUUGUAACAAGAAUUUAACCGGAUGGAAAAGAGACCAAUGUAGGAAAAAAAAAGGAUCGUAGCCUCCGACGAACCAAACCUUUUAUGAGUUCACCCUGAGGAAAAGGGGACAAAGGCCCGGACAAGGUAGACCACAACCCCCACCACACACACAUCCCGCACCACCCAAAAACACUAAAAAGGGGCAAAAGAGAAAAGAAACAAACCAACCAAAAAACAGGAAAAAAAAGGAAAAAAAAAAAAAUAAAUAAAACAAAAGAAAGAAAAAAAAAACAAAAAAGAAAAAAAAAAAGAAAAAGAAAAGAAAAAAAAGAAAAAAAAAAAAAGAAACAAAGGAAAAAAAGAAAACAACAAAAACAAAAAUAGAAAAAUAAAAAAGAAGAAAAAGAAAAAAAACAAAAAAAAAAAAAAAAAAAAAAAUAAAAAAAAAAAAAAAAAAAGAAAAAAAAAAAAAGAAAAAAAAAAAAAAAAAAAAAAAAAAAAAAAAAAAAAAAAAAAAAAAAAUAAAAAAAAAAAAAAUAAAAGAAAAAAAAAAAAAAAAAGAAAAAAAAAAAAAAAAGAAAAAAAAAAAAAAAAAAAAGAAAAAAAAAAAAAAAAAAAAAAAAAAAAAAAAAAAAAAAAAAAUAAAAAAACAAAAAAAAAAAAAAAAACAAAAAAAGGGGAAAAAAAAAAAAAAAAAGAAAAAAAAAAAAAAAACAAAAAAAGAAAAAAAAAAAAAAAAAAAAAAAAAAGAAAAAAAAGAAAAAAAAAAAAAAAAAUAAAACCCCUCUCUCUCUCUUUCUCUCUCUAUCCCCAGGAUGAGGAGGUUCCUCCUGUGUCGUUUCUGAAGGUGUUGAAGCUGAACCUUCCUGAGUGGCCCUAUAUGGUGGUUGGUGUGAUCUGUGCCACUAUCAACGGAGGCAUGCAGCCUCUCUUCGCUGUCAUCUUCUCUAAAAUCAUCGCUGUAUGUUAAAUAUCAGUUAAUACCAGUUAUCAUCAUUCAAUGUUUACUCAUUUAUUUCAGUUUAUUCAUCUUAUCCCAAGUCAUUGCUGUAAGUUGAAUUAGUCAUAUUCCAUCAAAUAGCAUCACCUCAGAUGAUCAUGUUUGUGUUGUUGUCAUGUUUCAGGUGUUUGCAGAGCAAGACCAAGAACUGGUUAGACAACGCUCCUCCUUCUACUCUAUCAUGUUCGCCGUCAUUGGAGUCGUCUCCUUCAUAACCAUGUUCCUACAGGUAAGCACACACCUCACCUAAUGCUAAAUAAUAGGAUGAAUGAUCAACAGACAGACUUCUCACUUUCUGACCAAAUUACCACAGAAUGUGGGAGCGAUUAGGUUUGUAUCUAUCCUACAGCAGUUCAGUGGCCCCCCUUGUGUUUCUACAGCAUCUUGAAGUUUUACUUACUAUGACUGUGAUAUGUGGUUGUCUUCUCUCCAGGGAUUCUGUUUUGGGAAGGCUGGUGAGAUUCUGACCAUGAAGCUGAGACUGAUGGCCUUUAAAGCUAUGAUGAGACAGGUAAGACAGUUUAUUUAGGCUUAUAGAGUGUUUAAUAAAGGUAAGGCUGUUUAUUUAGGCUUAUAAUGUUUUAAUAAAGGUAAGGCUGUUUAUUAAGCCUUAUAGUGUUUAAUAAAGGUAAUACUGUUUAUUAAGCCUUAUAGAGUGUUUAAUAAAGGUAAGGCUGUUUAUUUAGGCUUAUAUAGUUUUUAUAGGCUCAUAUAGGUUAUAGGGCUUAUGGAGUGUUUAUAAAGGCUCAUAGAGGUUAUAGAGACAAUUUUAACAUGUAACUCUCUCCGUUCUCCUGUAGGAGUUGGGCUGGUAUGACAGUCACAAGAACAGUGUUGGAGCUCUCACCACUAGACUGGCUACAGACGCAGCACAAGUACAGGGGGUAAGUAGUAAGCACACACAUGAACACACAACACACACACACACACACAAACACACACACACACACACACUAACCCUCCCUCCCUCUCCAGGCUACAGGAGUGCGUUUGGCCACUCUGGCCCAGAACGUGGCUAACCUGGGCACCAGUCUGAUCAUCUCGUUUGUGUACGGCUGGCAGCUGACUCUUCUCAUCCUGUGUGUGGUACCUGUCAUGGCUGUAGCUGGAGGCAUACAGAUGAAGAUGCUCUCUGGUCACGCUGUCAAAGACAAGAAAGAGCUAGAACAGGCUGGCAAGGUACACAACCCCCCGUCUUAUGCACUCUCUUCAUAUCUCCCAAAGUUUGCCACAGUGAAUAUCUAUACGUUCUUCUCUCGAGUCUAACCAGUGUGUGUGUGUGUGACAGAUUGCCACAGAAGCCAUAGAGAACAUCCGUACGGUGGCGUCUCUCACCAGAGAGCAGAAGUUUGAGUCUCUGUACCAGGAGAACCUCAUAGUGCCUUACAAGUACGUGUGCUACAAAGUUGAUAAUUUCCAUUAUAAAAAAAGUCCUAUUCAUUGCUGUGUUUUUAAUGUGUCAACAGUAUCAGUCUUGUAAAUGUACUAUAUAACUUUUGUUUAUGUAAUCACCCCUCUCUUUAAUCCCCCCCCCCCUCUCUCUUUCCCUCUGUAGGAACUCUCAGAAGAAGGCCCAUGUGUAUGGCAUCACAUUCUCCUUCUCUCAGGCUAUGAUCUACUUUGCCUAUGCAGGCUGCUUCCGCUUCGGAGCCUGGCUCAUAGAGGAAGGCAUUAUGACCUUCGAAAAUGUCUUCCUGUGAGUAUAGCAGCUACCUUACUUACAUACUUCAGUCAAGUGUCCAUGUUCACAACUGUCCUUAUAGCCUUUUGCUAUGUGACUAUAAGGCCAUGUUGGAACGACUCAAUUGCUUCCCUAAUAUGGGUGCUGGGUGGAGACAGGUACAGUAGUGUUCCGGAUGUUGUGUACAUUGUACAGUAGAGCUCAGGUACAGUAGAACACACCCCGGCCCAGCUAGGCCUGACAGGAAUAUCAGGUAUUACAGUGGUCAAAGGUGGUUGUGGUUAAUCAUUACCUCACUGGGAAGUGUGUUGGAGGUCAACGCUGAUCUAGGGACUCAUCAUCGUAGCAUCAAUGGCCAUUUAGCCAUGACAUUGCUGACGUGACCCAUAGAAACUGACGUUAUAGAGUAGAUAUCACGACUAACGGCUACACGACUAAAGGCUUGGAUUACAUUUUAUUUGAAAAGGUGUACAUAAGGCAGUCAUAACACUGUAAUAACAGCAACAUAACAUCUGUCAUAAACAUAUGUUACUAUUGUCAUUAAAGCUGCAAUAUGUCACUUUUUGGGUGACCCGACCAAAUGCACAUAGAAAUGUAUGUUAUAGAUCUGCCAUUGUCAUUGAAAGCAAGUCUAAGAAGUGGUAGGUCUGUUCUAUUUGCACUGUUUCUAUGUUUCCGUUCUUAAGCUUUGUUUUUGCGUCUUUUACUUGACUCGUUUUUUUACACCAGCGACAAACAGCUGAACAUAUUUUGGGUUAUUGAAAAUAUAUUUCACAGCGGUUUAGAUGCUACAAUGAUUCUCUUUUGCAUGUUUUGUCACAUAAACAAAAAUUUGGCAAACUAUUAGGCGCGAUUUCUGCACAUUGCACCUUUAAGUGUCAUGUGGUUCUAAUAUGUCACUUUCAAUGUCAAGUAGAAAUUUCUCUGGCAUGACAUCAAGAUAAUUUAAAUUGAACUUAAAUUAGACUUUAGCGAGCUUGAUACAAUAGUUUCUGAGAUUGAUACACUGUUUUAGCAUUUGUGACGCAAAAGCAAUGCAAUUUCGCGCUUCAUGUUGUCAGGAGUGUCAGUGUAAUGCGGUGGAUCGAAGUCAGGCGCAGGACACAGAACUCUAUGAAAACGUACUUUACUGAAUAAGUAAAGAACCAAUACAAAAUACCUCCACACAGGGAGGAACAAACCCGCUCACCAAACGACACACGAAACGAAAAACAAACACGCACAAAACACAAUGGGAGCCACCGGGUUAAAUAGGGAAGGAGAAAUUACAUGAUGGAAAACAGGUGUGUGACAAUCAGACAACAACAGGUAGAACAUAGAAACAUAGAUCGGCAGCAGCUAGUAUUCCGGUGACGACGAACGCCGAAGCCUGCCCGAGCAAGGAGGAGGGGCAGCCUUGGCAGAAUCCGUGACAGUACCCCCCCCCCCCCCCCCGAUGCGCGGCUCCAGCCAUGCGUCGACACCGGCCUCGGGGACGGCCAGGAGGACGCGGUGCGGGGCGAGUCGGAUGACUGCGGUGGAAAUCCGUCAACAUGGAGGGAUCGAGGAUGUCCCUCCUAGGGACCCAGCACCAUUCCUCCGGACCGUACCCCUCCCACUCCACAAGAUACUGCAGGCCUCCCACCCGACGCCUCGAAUCCAAGAUGGAACGGACCGAGUACGCCGGUGCCCCCUCGAUGUCCAGUGGGGGUGGAGGAACCGCCCGUAUCUCAGACUCCUGGAGUGGACCAGCUACUACCGGCCUGAGGAGAGACACAUGGAACGAGGGGUUAAUACGAUAAUCAGGAGGAAGCUGUAACCUAUAACAUACCUCGUUCAAUCUCCUCAGGACUUUGAAUGGCCCCACGGGGCAUACACCGGAGCCUCACUGCGGUGGCGGUCGGCGCUCGCCUUUUGUCCGCCCGAUGGCCCAUUGCAGGCGCACAUGGGCAGCGUUCCAGGUCCCCUGCGAGCGCCGAAACCAUUCAUCCACCGCAGGUGCCUCGAUCUGGUUCUGAUGCCAAGGUGCCAGAACCGGCUGAUAACCUAAUACACACUGGAAUGGAGAAAGGUUAGUGGAGGAGUGGCGGAGUGAGUUUUGGGCCAUCUCUGCCAAGGGGAGGAAAACCGACCACUCCCCCCGCCGGUCCUGGAAAUACGAUCUCAGAAACCUACCCACCUGCUGGUUUACUCUCUCCACCUGCCCGUUACUUUCGGGGUGAAACCCUGAGGUCAGGCUGACCGAGACUCCCAGACGUUCCAUGAACGCCCUCCAGACUCUCGAGGUGAACUGGGAACCCCGAUCAGACACUAUAUCCUCAGGUACCCCAUAGUGCUGGAAGACGUGUGUAAAUAGGGCCUCAGCAGUCUGUAGGGCCGUAGGGAGACCGGGCAGAGGAAUGAGGCAGCAGGACUUAGAAAACCGAUCCACAACGACCAGGAUCGUGGUGUGGAGGUGGGAAGAUCCGUCACGAAGUCCACCGAUAGGUGGGACCACGGUCGUUGUGGAACGGGUAGGGGUUGCAAUUUCCCUCUGGGCAGGUGUCUAGGAGCCUUACACUGGGCGCACAUCGAGCAGGAGGAAACAUAAACCCUCACAUCCUUAGCUAAGGUGGGCCACCAGUACUUCCCACUAAGACAAUGCACUGUCUGACCGAUGCCAGGAUGACCAGAGGAGAGUGACGUGUGAGCCCAAUAGAUCAAACGAUCGCGGACCUCCAGCGGGACGUACACACGACCCUCUGGAUACUGGGGAGGAGUGGCACCUCCCACACCACCGGUCACACCAGACACGACGCCGGAAGUAUGGGAGUGGGCUCCACGGAACUCUCCUCCGUGUCAUACAGUCGGGACAGAGCAUCUGCCUUAGCGUUCUGGGAACCUGGCCUGUAAGAAAGGGUGAAAACAAAACGGGCGAGAAACAUGGACCACCUUGCCUGGUGAGGGUUUAAUCUCCUCGCCGCCUGGAUGUACUCCAGAUUGCGGUGGUCAGUCAAAAUUAGAAAAGGGUGUUUAGCCCCCUCAAGCCAAUGUCUCCACGCUUUCAGGGCUUGGACCACAGCCAACAGCUCCCGGUCCCCCACAUCAUAGUUGCGCUCCACUGGGCUGAACUUCUUCGAAAAGAACGCACAGGGGCGGAGCUUGGGUGGUGUGCCCGAGCGCUGGGAAAGUACAGCACCUAUCCCAGCCUCUGACGCGUCCACCUCAACCGGAGGGAUCCGGAUGAGCCAGCACUGGAGCCGAGGUAAAUAGGUUUUUCAGAUGACUGAACGCCCUGUCUGCCUCAGCUGACCACCGCAGGCGCACCGGUCCCCCCUUCAGCAACAAGGUAAUGGGAGCCGCUACCUGACCAAAGCCCUGGAUAAAUCUCCGGUAGUAAUUGGCAAACCCCAAAAAUUGCUGCACCUCCUUCACCGUGGUUGGAGUCGCCCAAUUACGCACGGCCGAAAUGCGGUCACUCUCCAUCCUCACCCCAGACGCGGGCAUGUGGUACCCUAGGAAGGAGAUGGACUCCUGGAAGAACAGGCAUUUCUCCGCCUUGGCAUACAGGUCAUGCUUCAACAGUCGUCCAAGCACUUUACGCACCAGGGACACAUGCUCGGCCCGUGUAGCAGAGUAUAUGAGAAUGUCAUCUAUAUACACCACUACACCCUGUCCGUGCAGAUCCCUGAAAAUCUCAUCGACAAAGGAUUGGAAGACUGAUGGAGCAUUCAUCAACCCGUAUGGCAUGACGAGGUACUCAUAGUGUCCUGAGGUAGUACUGAAUGCCGUCUUCCACUCAUCUCCCUCCCGGAUACGCACCAGGUUGUACGCGCUCCUGAGAUCCAAUUUCGUGAAGAAGCGCGCCCCGUGCAAUGACUCUGUCAUACAAGCUAUCAGAGGUAAUGGAUAGCUGUACUUGACGGUGAUCUGAUUAAGACCACGGUAAUCAAUGCACGGGCGUAACCCACCAUCCUUCUUCUUCACGAAAAAGAAAUUUGAGGAAACAGGUGAAGUGGAAGGCCGAAUGUAUCCCUGUCUCAGAGAUUCGGAAACAUAUGUUUCCAUAGCCGCCUUCUCCUCCUGUGACAGAGGGUACACGUGACUCCGAGGAAGUGCAGCGCCCACCUGGAGAUUUAUCGAACACAAUGUAUGUGGUAAUUUAGUCACCCUCUUUUUACUGAAGGCGAGAGCCAAAUCGGCAUACUCUGAAGGAAUGUGCAUUGUGGAGACCUGGUUUGGACACUCCACCGUAGUAGCCCCUAAGGAAACCCCUACACACCUCCCUGAGCACUGACUGGACCAUCCCUUGAGAGCCCUUUGUUGCCAGGAAAUAGUGGGAUCAUGAGUGGUUAACCAGGGAAGUCCCAACACCACAGGAUACGCAGGAGAAUCAAUCAGAUAGAGACUAAGCCUCUCCUCAUGACCCCCCUGCGUCCUCAUUAAGAGUGGUGCGGUGACCUCCCUGAUUAGGCCUGACCCUAACGGGCGACUAUCUAAUGCAUGUACAGGGAAGGGCACAUCAACACGAACAGUGGGAAUCCCUAAACUAAGUGAAUACUGACGAUCAAUAAAAUUCCCAGCUGCGCCUGAAUCUACUAGUGCCUUAUGCUGGGAAUGAGGAGAAAACUCUGCGAAAACAACCUCAAUACACAGCUGACCAACAGGGAGCUCUGGGUGAGUCGGGUGCUUACUCACCUGAGAUGGUCGACCAGUGCUCUGCCUACUGCCUCGACUCCCUGGGGACCCUCCCCAGCACCGACCCGCAGUGUGUCCUCUGCGGCCACAGUUGGUGCAGGGGACGGCCCCUCUCCUGGUCUCCCUAAGCGCAGCACCUCCGAGCUCCAUGGGGGUAGGGUCGGAGAUGCUGGGAGAUGGACUGGACGGGCCCUGAUCAGAACGUCCGCGGGUCUCCAACAGGUUAUCCAGCCUGAUGGACAUCUCCACCAGUUGGUCCAGGUUGAGGUUGGUAUCCCUGCAGGCCAGUUCCCGCCGAACGUCCUCCCUUAGGCUGCAUCAAUAGUGGUCGAUCAGGGCCCUCUCAUUCCAUCCUGCGCUGGCUGCCAGAGUCCUGAACUCCAGCGCAAAAUCCUGGGCGCUCCUCCUCUCCUGUCUUAGGUGGAACAGACGCUCUGUGAAAUCCUCAUAGCGGACAGAUGUAGCGUCAAUUCCUCCCCACUCAGCGUUGGCCCACUCGGCGUUGGCCCACUCGAGCACCUUCCCCGACAGACAGGAGAUGAGGGCGGACACGCUCUCGUAUCCCGAGGGCACCGGGUGAAUGGUUGCCAGGUAGAGCUCUACCUGGAGAAGGAAACCCUGACACCCGGCUGGUGUACCGUCAUAUGCCCUCGGGAGCGAGAGCCGAAUCCCAUUGGACCCAGGUGGCGAAGGGGUGGACAGUGGUAUGGGUGGUUGAGUGGUUGGAGGAGGUGUAGGAAAGCCACCUCUACCCCAUCGGUCCACAGCAUUUACCACUCUCUCCAAAGCGGUACCGAGAGCCUGGAUCAUGCUCUCCUGUCGUUGAACGCGUUCCUCCAUCGAUCUGAACUGACUGGCUGUAUCUGCUGACUCCAUUUUGGUGCGUGUUUCUGUCACGAGUGUCAGUAUAAUGCGGUGGAUCGAAGUCAGGCGCAAGACACAGAACUCUAUGAAAACGUACUUUACUGAAUAAGUAAAGAACCAAUACAAAAUACCCCCACACAGGGAGGAAAAAACCCACUCACCAAACGACACACGAAACGAAAAACAAACACGCACAAAACACAAUGGGAGCCACCGGGUUAAAUAGGGAAGGAGAAAUUACAUGAUGGGAAACAGGUGUGUGACAAUCAGACAACAACAGGUAGAACAUAGAAACAUAGAACAUAGAUCAGCAGCAGCUAGUAUUCCGGUGACGACGAAUGCCGAAGCCUGCCCGAGCAAGGAGGAGGGGCAGCCUCGGCAGAAUCCGUGACACAUGUCCAAAUCAUAGCAUCUUAAAUUGAUUGUGUAACUGUAACUCGAUGCAGUUAUUUAUCGCUUUUCAUUACAGUGUUAUCUCAAAGCUCUACAUGGGCAGAUCAUUUGAAUCAAGGCAGGUAAUAGCAAUAGUAGGCUAGGUGCUAAAAUAGCCAAAUCGGCAUACUCUGAAGGAAUGUGCAUUGUGGAGACCUGGUUUGGACACUCCACCGUAGUAGCCCCUAAGGAAACCCCUACACACCUCCCUGAGCACUGACUGGACCAUCCCUUGAGAGCCCUUUGUUGCCAGGAAAUAGUGGGAUCAUGAGUGGUUAACCAGGGAAGUCCCAACACCACAGGAUACGCAGGAGAAUCAAUCAGAUAGAGACUAAGCCUCUCCUCAUGACCCCCCUGCGUCCUCAUUAAGAGUGGUGCGGUGACCUCCCUGAUUAGGCCUGACCCUAACGGGCGACUAUCUAAUGCAUGUACAGGGAAGGGCACAUCACACGAACAGUGGGAAUCCCUAAACUAAGUGAAUACUGACGAUCAAUAAAAUUCCCAGCUGCGCCUGAAUCUACUAGUGCCUUAUGCUGGGAAUGAGGAGAAAACUCUGCGAAAACAACCUCAAUACACAGCUGACCAACAGGGAGCUCUGGGUGAGUCGGGUGCUUACUCACCUGAGAUGGUCGACCAGUGCUUUUCAGAUUAGGACUAUGAGAAAGAUAGUCUGUAGAAAGGUGUUUUAAGGCUCGUUUUAAAGGCUCCAAUUGAUGUAGCGGCUCUCAGAUGGUCAGGGAGAGCAUUCCAUAGGCGAGGGGCAAUGGAACAGAAGGCUCGGUUCCCAAUAGUACAGAGAUGUGUCUUGGGCACUUGAAGCAGUGGUGAUUUGAACAUGAAGCUCGUAAAUAUAAUGUUGGUAACAUUGACUUGCAUUGUAUUUGUGCCCCAAAUGCUAAAAAGUUAGCAUCUGGAAACAGUGGCCAGGUAAACAAAACCAAAGCAGCCCAUUGACUGCUUAAAGGGUAAGGAAACCAAUAUGUAAUUUUGUACUUUGGGUGAACUAUCCCUUUAAGAUACAUGUUAGAUGGAUAGUAACCUGUUCUCUGUGUCUCUCUCUCUCCAGGGUGAUCUCUGCAGGGUGAACUAUCCAUUUAAGAUACAUGUUAGCCAGAGAGUAACCUGUUCUCUCUGUCUCUCUCCAGGGUGAUCUCUGCAGUGCUGUACGGAGCCAUGGCAGUAGGAGAGGCCAACUCCUUUACGCCUAACUAUGCCAAGGCCAAGAUAUCAGCAUCUCACCUUAUGUUCCUCAUCAACAGAGAACCUGCCAUAGACAACUGCUCACAGGAGGGAGAAACACCGGUACACACACACACACGCACACACACGCACACACACACACGCACGCACGCACGCACGCACGCACGCACGCACGCACGCACGCACGCACGCACACACGCACACCACGCACGCACCCACGCACGCACACACACACACACACACACACACACACACACACACACACACACACACACACACACACACACACACACACACACACACACACAUACACACACACACACACACACAGUGGCUAUCACAGUGAAGAGGUGUGGAGUGAUUGUAUAGUACAUGCCAGGGGAUUAUUUCAUGAACUGAUGUUCUUCUGCCUCCCUCUCUUCCCUCCAGGACCACUUUGAUGGUAACGUGCGUUUCGAGGGGGUGACGUUCAACUACCCGUCCCGUCCAGACCUUGCUGUCCUGCAGGGGCUGGAGCUGAAGGUGCAGAAGGGACAGACUCUAGCCCUGGUGGGCAGCAGUGGCUGUGGGAAGAGUACCACCAUACAAUUACUGGAGCGAUUCUACGACCCACUACAGGGCACAGUGGUGAGUCCACACACACACACACACGGUUCACACACACACACACACACGGUACACACACAUGUUAUGUUUUUCUAUCCUCGUGGGGACAUAGAAUUAAUUUCCAUUCAAAAUCCUAUUUUCCCUAACUCCUAACCCUAACCCUUACCAUAACCCAAACCCUAAACUUAACUCCUAAUCCUAAUUGUAACCCUAACCCUAAACCUAACCCCUAAGCUUAAAAUAGCCUUUGUCCUCAUGGGGACGUGGAAAUGUCCCACAAGGGAUAAUUUUUGUUUUACUAUCCUUGUGGGGACUUUGGGGGAUUUCAGGUCCCCACAAGGAUAGAAGAACGAACUCACACAUACACACACACAUUCCCACAAACACCGCACAUUCCCACAAACAUAGACUCUUUCACACGUGUAUACACACAUUGAUUAUUAAAGCUAUAUGUACUGUAUGUUUAAUGAUCACUGUCACCAGUCAGACAGUGAGAUAUUUGCUAGAAUUUUUAUAUGCAAAAAUACAUGAAAACAUAGAGCACUCAAUGUGUUCUCCAUGUGUCUCCAUGUGUCUUCCAUGUGUUCUCCAUGUGUCUCCAUGUGUCCUCCAUGUGUCUCCAUGUGUCCUCCAUGUUCUCCAUGUGUCUCCAUGUGUUCUCCAUGUGUCUCCAUGUGUCCUCCAUGUGUCCUCCAUGUGUUUCCAUGUGUUCUCCAUGUGUCCUCCAUGUGUCUCCAAGUGUCCUCCAUGUGUCUUCAUGUGUCCUCCAUGUGUCUCCAUGUGUCCUCCAUGUGUCUCCAUGUGUUUCCAUGUGUUCUCCAUGUGUCUCCAUGUGUCUCCAUGUGUUCUCCAUGUGUUUCCAUGUGUCUUCAUGUGUCUCCAUGUGUUCUCCAUAUGUCUCCAUGUGUCUCCAUGUGUCCUCCAUGUGUUUCCAUGUGUUUCCAUGUGUCCUCCAUGUGUUUCCAUGUGUUUCCAUGUGUUAUCCAUGUGUUUCCAUGUGUCUCCAUGUGUCUCCAUGUGUCCUCCAUGUGUCUCCAUGUGUCCUCCAUGUGUUUCCAUGUGUUUCCAUGUGUCUCCAUGUGUCCUCCAUGUGUUCUCCAUGUGUUUCCAUGUGUCCUCCAUGUGUCCUCCAUGUGUUCUCCAUGUGUUUCCAUGUGUCCUCCAUGUGUCCUCCAUGUGUUUCUAUGUGUCCUCCAUGUGUCUCCAUGUGUUCUCCAUGUGUCCCGUGUAGCUCAGUUGGUAGAGCAUAGCGUUAGCAACGCCAGGGUUGUGGGUUCGAUUCCCACGGGGGGCCAGUAUGAAAAUGUAUGCACUCACUAACUGUAAGUCGCUCUGGAUAAGAGUGUCUGUUAAAUGACGUAAAUGUAAAUGUAAUGUGUCCUCCAUGUGUUUGCCAUCGUUCUCCUUGUGUAACUGUGUAGAUAUUGUCCUACUGAAACAGGGUUCUAUAAUUACUGAUUGACAGGCCAGGAUGUUGACACUGUUGCUUCAUAACCCUCUACUGUACUGAGACCUUGUGGGUUAUGUUCCUGCUCAAAGUGCAUGUGUGCGUGUGUGGGUUAUUGCCCAGCUAAGGCCACUGAUAAAAUGACAAACAUUAGAGGAUUAUCCAACUUUGAUGUUAACUCUUCCACCUCCUCUUCUUCCUCAGAUGUUGGAUGACAGUGAUGCUAAGAAGCUUAACAUCCAUUGGCUGAGGGCCCAGAUGGGCAUCGUAUCCCAGGAGCCCGUGCUGUUUGACUGUAGUCUGGCAGAGAACAUUGCCUACGGAGACAACACACGCAAAGUUACCAUGGAGGAGAUCCAGAGUGCUGCUAAAGCUGCCAACAUACACAGCUUCAUAGACGACCUGCCUCAGGUACACACUAAUACUACUACCACCAAUACUACUGUAACCACUACUACCACCAAUACUACUACUGUAGUCCCCUGUAGCUCAGUUGGUAGAGCAUGGCGCUUGCAACGCCAGGGUUGUGGGUUAGUUUCCCACGGGGGGGGGGGGGCAGUAUGAAAAUGUAUGCACUAACUGUAAGUCGCUCUGGAUAAGAGCGCCUGCUAAAUUACUAAAAUGUACUACCACCAAUACUACUACUGUCACCACUACUACUAUUGCUACUGAUUUUACUAAUACUACUACUGCUGCUGCUACUACUACUGUAAGCAUUUUCUGCUUUUGUAAGUUUGGUUUCUUGAGAUCUCCACAUCAGCACCAAGACCCUAAUAGCGGCUGCAUGGUCAGAUAACCACAGACAGACUGAUAGUGGUAUCAGCUUCUCUCAGAUGCCGUGCCAGAGAUAACACUGCAGGUCAUUACUGGACUCAUAAAGCUCAUGUCAUUUUAGUGCUGUUCCCUGUGUAAGGGUCUUACACUGUCUUUCACUAGGAGGGUUUUCACACACAGAUUAAGCCUAGUCCUGGAUUUAAAAAGCAAUUUUCAAUGGUGAAUGUGUGUUAGUCCAGGGCUAGAUUUAGGCCGGGAUUCGAUGCAAGGCGCAUUGUAGCAUAGAGCACUACACAGCCAACAAUACGCCUUUUAAAGGCAUUUUCCCCAGGCGUUCGCGUUCAUGGUAAACGCUACGCAUCUCAGCUCAAUCGUAAAUUUAAUCCCGGCCUUAAUCUGUGUUGGGGAAACCAGCCCUAGGAUUUACUUAUGUCCUGUGUGAGAUGACGAGGAUAACCUGUCUUUCUUUCUUUCCCUCCCCUCAUCCCUUCAUCCCACUGAGUAGAAGUAUGACACCCAAGCCGGUGACAAGGGGACCCAGUUGUCAGGAGGUCAGAAGCAGCGUAUAGCCAUCGCCAGAGCCAUCCUCCGCAACCCCAAAGUCCUGCUGCUGGACGAGGCCACCUCCGCACUGGACACAGAGAGCGAGAGGGUGAGUGUGUGUGUGCUGUUAAACUAUAUAUCUCUAUUUGGAUUCAUGAUACAGACUUUAUAACUACUGUAUGUUUUUUCUCUCUGUUCUCCCUGUCCCCCUCCCUCCCUCCCCCAGGUGGUGCAGGAGGCACUGGACGUGGCUCGGCAGGGCAGGACGUGUAUCGUGGUGGCCCACCGCCUGUCCACCAUCCAGAACGCUGACCUGAUCGCUGUCUUCCAGAAGGGUGUGGUGGUGGAGCAGGGCACUCAUCAACAACUACUGUCCCAGAGAGGAGUAUACUACUCACUGGUUACCACCCAGCUGGGCCAUGGCAGAAAAUGA